AAUGUCUUUUCCAAAUAAACAAGAUCGAUUAACAUGUUGGAACCAUCGAGACAUAUAUUGGAAGUGUCUUGAUGAGAAAAAAUCUGAUGAUUUGUGUAAAUAUUGUAGAAAAGAUUAUGAAAAAUUUUGUCCAAGCCAAUGGGUAAAACAUUUUGAUAGAAAACGAGAUUAUUUAAAUUUCAAGAAUCGUUUAGAAAAAGAAGGAUAUAGUCCACCCUUUCCAGAAAAGGAAAAGCUAUAAUUUUUAAUAUAUAUUUGAAUGAUAAUAUAAUAUAAAAUGGAUAUUUCUUAAAUUGU